AUGCAGACAGUCCUUCCAAUUGAAGUUGAGAUUCCUUCAUUAAGGAUCGUAGUGGACGCCCAACUGGAUGAUACGGAGUGGGUGAAGGCUCGUUAUGAUCAGCUAAAUCUCAUCGAAGAAAAAAGAUUAGCUGAUUUAUGCCAUGGCCAAUUAUAUCAGAAGAGGAUGAUAAAGGCUCAUGCUAAGAAAAUGGGACCUAGAGAAUUUCAAGAAGGGGAUUUGGUUUUAAGGAAGUACUCUCCCAGACAUACAGAUUAUAGAGGUAAAUGGGCACCAAGGUAUGAAGGUCCAUUUGUGGUGAAAAACGCAUUUUCAGGCGGAUUUUUAAUCCUGACUACUAUGGACGGAGAAGAGUUCCCCAGUCCUAUUAAUGCUGAUGUGUAUUUACAAAAUCGUUGUAUCUUCUUAACCAAAAAUAAAAUCAUUGUACGAACUACGUGGACUUUGAUCCUGCCUUGCAGGGAUGUCGCUGAGUAUGUUUCUAAGUGCCUGACUUGCCAGCAGGUGAAGCUGGAGCAUCAGAGACCUUUUGGCUAUCUGCAGCCACUACCUAUUCCAGAGUGGAAGUGGGAGCGGAUUGCUAUGGAUUUUGUGGUUGGUUUGCCACAUACUCGACAGGGGUACGAUUCCAUUUGGGUUAUAGUUGACCGUAUGACCAAGUCAGCUCAUUUCCUUCCGAUUAAGGUUUCGUAUACCGCUUCGAGGUUGGCUCAGUUGUACAUCGACAGGAUUGUCAGUCUGCAUGGUGUACCGGUUUCUAUUGUUUCAGACAGAGGUUCUGAAUCCUUGGGUUCUCGGUUGGAUUUCAGUACAGCUUUUCACCCUCAGACUGACGGUCAGUCUGAGAGGACUAUUCAGACGUUGGAGGAUAUGCUCAGGAUGUGUGUUCUCGAUUUUCAGGGUAGCUGGGAUACUCAUUUGCCGUUGAUUGAGUUUUCUUAUAACAACAGUUACCACGCGAGUAUCGAGAUGGCGCCGUAUGAGGCUUUGUACGGGCGCAAGUGUAGAUCUCCUAUCUGUUGGGAGGAGCGGAGGUUAGAGACUGCUUUUAGUCGGCAUAAGAGUUAUGCUGAUCCGAAGAGGAAAGACAUUGAGUUCCAGGUUGGUGAUUUCGUAUUUCUUCGGGUUUCGCCUAUGAAAGGCGUGGUUCGUUUUGGUGUCAAGGGAAAGUUGGCACCGAGGUAUGUUGUACAUCCGGUGUUUCACAGUGUUGAGAUUGACCAGGAGCUGUCCUAUGAGGAGCAGCCAUUUGAGAUUGUUGAUACGCAAGUGCGUAAAUUGCGGAACAAGGAGAUUCCGAUGGUCAAAGUUCUCUGGCGCAAUCAUUCUGUAGAGGAGUGUACUUGGGAGACCGAGUUGGAUAUGGUACACCGUAUUCAUCUUACGUCGCUUUUCGGCGCGUGGAAUCGUCAUUCUAGCUCUUGCACUUCUAAUGCAGUGGCGUGA